CUGAUAUCGUUGUUAAGACAUUCACUCGUGCACGCUUUCGUGAAAGUGGUGAAGAACAAGCAAUACUUUAAGCGUUACCAAGUUAAGUUCAAGAGGCGUCGCCAGGGAAAAACUGAUUAUUAUGCACGUAAACGACUGAUCGUUCAGGACAAGAACAAAUACAACACUCCCAAAUACCGCAUCAUUGUCCGUCUCUCAAACAAGGAUGUGACCUGCCAGAUUGCUUACUCUCGCAUUGAAGGUGACCACAUCGUGUGCGCAGCUUACUCACAUGAAUUACCUCGUUAUGGUAUCAAGGUGGGUUUGACCAACUAUGCCGCUGCCUACUGCACUGGUCUCUUGGUAGCCAGGCGUCUUCUCCAAAGGCUGGGGCUCGACUCCUUAUAUGCAGGAGCCACCGAAGUGACUGGUGAUGAGUUCAACGUAGAACCCGUAGACAAUGGUCCAGGUGCAUUCAGAUGUUACUUGGAUGUUGGUCUUGCAAGAACUACGACCGGUGCCCGUGUGUUUGGGGCCAUGAAGGGUGCUGUCGAUGGUGGCCUCAAUGUUCCCCACUCCAUUAAGAGAUUCCCUGGUUUUGAUGCCGAAGCAAAGAAAUUCAAUGCUGAGGUUCACAGGGCUCACAUCUUUGGUCUUCAUGUGGCAGAAUACAUGAAAAAUCUGGAACAGGAAGAUGAAGAUUCAUUCAAGAGACAAUUCGGAAAAUACAUCAAGCUCGGAGUGUCUGCUGAUGCUAUCGAGAGCCUGUACAAGAAAGCCCAUGAGUUAAUCCGUGCGGAUCCUUCUCACAAGAAGAAGGAGAGCAAGAAGGACCCGGCCAAACAGAAACGCUGGAACAAGCGCAAGCUGACGCUGGCUGAGAGGAAGAACAGGAUUAAACAGAAGAAGGCUUCCUUCAUCAAGAGGCUCCAGGCUGAAGCAUAA